CAGCGUCACAUCCCCCUGGCCGGAGGAAUGUAGAGACGGGGUGCUUUAAAAAUAGCAUCCUCUCCUCUGACAGCGCUGCUCCGGUGGCUCCGCGGCACUGUGGUGCGAGAAGCAGGAAUGCGAAGAUGGCUGCAGACCUAGGAGAGCUGCUGGUCCCGUACAUGCCCACCAUCAGAGUCCCCAGGACAGGAGACAGGGUUUUCAAGAGCGAGUGUGCCUUUUCCUUCGACUCUCCCGAGUCUGAGGGUGGCCUGUAUGUGUGUAUGAACACAUUCCUCGGCUUUGGACGAGAACAUGUGGAGAGACACUACCGCAAAACAGGACAGAGUGUUUACAUGCACCUCAAGCGACAUGUCAAAGAGAAAGCCACAGGAGCCGCAGGAGGCGCCAUCCCCAGACGAAGAAACGGAAAAGUGUUUCUAGAUUUAGAGCUAAACCGUGAUUUUAACGGAGAGGACUAUGAAUACGAAGACGAGGCCAAGCUCGUCAUUUUUCCAGACCACUUCGAGAUCCCCUUACCAAAUAUUGAGGAGUUGCCCGCUCUGGUGACCAUCGCCUGUGACGCAGUGCUCAAUGCACCAUCAGCUUACAAGAAGCAAGAGCCUGAAUCCUGGGAGGAGGAGAUCCAGGUAUCCCGACAUGCCAGGAGCCUCAGACAGCUGGAUAAUGGGGUCAGAAUCCCACCCAGUGGCUGGAAGUGUCAGAAGUGCGAGAUGAGAGAAAACCUGUGGCUGAACCUGACAGAUGGAGCAGUGCUCUGUGGGAAGUGGUUCUUUGAUGGGAGCGGAGGUAACGGCCACGCUCUGGAACACUACAGAGAGACCAACUACCCACUGGCUGUCAAACUGGACACCAUCACCCCAGAUGGAGCAGAUGUCUAUUCGUUUGAAGAAGAAGAAGCCGUGUUGGACCCCCACAUAUCAGAACACUUGUCACACUUUGGAAUAGACAUGCUACAGAUGCAGAAAAGAACAGAGAAUGGGCACCACACAGACAACAACGCACGGCCGCGGGUUAGUGAAUGGGAGGUGAUCCAGGAGUCGGGCAUGAAGCUGAAGGCGGUCUACGGUUCUGGUUACACAGGCAUCAAAAACCUGGGCAACAGCUGCUACCUCGGCACAGUAAUGCAGGUCCUCUUCAGCAUCCCAGACUUCCAGAGGAUGUAUGUGGGUAAUCUUCAGAGGAUAUAUGACUAUUCACCCCUUGACCCCACCCAAGACUUUGCCACACAAAUGGCUAAACUGGGACACGGACUGCUCUCAGGCCAGUACUCCAAACCACCCAUGAAAUCUGAGCUCAUUGAACAGGUGAUGAAAGAAGAAUACAAGGUAUUAAACUGGCACCAGCAGAAGGGCGUCUCCCCCCGGAUGUUGAAGGCCCUGGUCAGCAGGGGACACCCAGAGUUUUCCUCAAACAGACAACAAGAUGCCCAGGACCUCCUCCUGCACAUCAUCAACCUAGUGGAGAGGAACAGUGCAGGCUCAGAGAAUCCAAGUGACGUCUUCCGCUUCCUGGUGGAGGAGCGAGUUCAGUGCUGCCAGACACGUCGGGUGCGAUACACUCAGCGGGUGGACUACUGCAUCCAACUGCCAGCCCCAAUCGAGGCUGCCACCAAUCGAGAGGAGCUGCUGGCAUACGAGGCCAAGCGGAAGGAUGCUGAGGAGAACAUGAGGGCUCCACCUCAACCUGUGAGAGCACGGAUCCCCUUCACCGCCUGCCUGCAGGCCUUCACAGAGCCAGAGAACGUCCCAGACUUCUGGAGCUCAGCGCUGCAGGCCAAGUCAGCUGGAGUCAAAACUUCCCGUUUUGCAUCCUUCCCAGAGUAUCUGCUCGUGCAGAUCAAGAAAUUCACAUUUGGAGUUGAUUGGGUGCCGAAGAAACUAGACUUGGCCAUAGAUGUUCCAGACUUCCUCGAUCUGAACCGGCUGCGGGCCACAGGGCUGCAGGCAAGUGAAGAGGAGCUGCCUGACCUCAUGCCCCCAAUCGUGCUACCUGAAGACACCAGAGAUAACUCAAUGAGCUCCGUAGACUCUCCUGAAAUAGACGAGGCAGCAGUAAUGCAGUUGGCAGAGAUGGGCUUCCCGCUGGAGGCCUGUAGGAAGGCGGUCUACUACACAGGCAACAUGGGCCCCGAGAUGGCAUUCAACUGGAUCAUAGCCCACAUGGAGGAGCCUGACUUUGCAGAACCUCUCACUCUGCCCUCCAUGAUAGAUCCUGGUCCCUCCACCAGUGACAGCCCCAUGGGUGCCACCCCACUGGCCAACUCGCCCCCUGAGGAAAGCAUCGCCAUCCUCACAUCUAUGGGCUUCCCCCGCACUCACAGUAUCCAGGCACUUAAAGCCACGAACAAUAACCUGGAACGAGCACUCGACUGGAUCUUCACCCACCCGGAGGAGGAGGAGAGUGACGCCCUGUCAGACAUGGCUGACACAGAGCCCAACGACAACACUUUCUCCAACGCCAACUCGCACAGCGACUCCACGCUGUCUCCAGACAGAGACACGUCAGGCCCACGUGUCAAAGACGGACCGGGACGUUAUGAGCUCUUUGCCUUCAUCAGCCACAUGGGAGCAUCCACAAUGUCUGGGCAUUAUGUUUGUCACAUCAAAAAGGAGGGAAGGUGGGUGAUCUACAACGACCACAAAGUGUGUUUGUCAGAAAGGCCUCCAAAAGACUUGGGCUACAUCUACUUUUACCACCGACUGUCUAGCAGUUAAAGUUACCCCCCUCCUCCACCUUGCAACCUUUUAUAGAAGCGCAGUCUUUCACUCAGAAGACUAGCAGACAACUGUAUUAACAGCCACAGUGGAAAUGAUGGAAAUAACCUAUCAGACCAGCUGCUCGCCUUACCGUGAUGUCAUUCAGGAGCAACCAGGAACACUGGUCAGAAAGGGAAAGCAAUGUGCUCUUUGUGCAUUUGUGUUACGUUAUGCUUUAAAUGUAUAUUUCAGUGUUUAUGUUAAAAAACAAAAGAUGUUUUCUUGACAGUGUAGGUACAGAGGGAUGUGUGCAAUUUCCACUUCUGGACUGCUCUGGACACAAAAUAAUGUCACAUAUCAAAUCUCAUUGUUCCUCCUCUAUGCCUUCAGCUACUGUGCCAAUAAUUUUCAAAGGGGUACAUUUUAUAAAUGUAUUUUGAAAUGGCGGUGCUUCACUGCCAGCCCUGAAAUGCUCUGAAAAGAAAUUACUGUGCUGCUGGUGGCUAUGCAUUUUACUUUGAAAGAGAAAAGAAUGUUUUUCAUCCCCGGGAAAUUGAAGGGACAUCAAAAGUUUUAAACGUUUUGGUUGUGCACUGAGACUGAGGGAAAUGACCAGCAUACUGUAUGAAGGAGAGCACCAAGAAGGCAGUGAAUAGGUGUUAAAUGUGACUGUAGUUAAAUAUACAGUAUAACUGGCUGAAUAAUGGCUCAGACCUGCCCCAGUUUUAUUUGGAGAUGAUGUGCAUGAUUGUCACUUUUAAUAAGAAACUUUCUGCACCAUGGUACACUGGCCGAUUUAUUGAGAUAGAAGUAUUAUUUCCUUCCCUGAAAGCACUUUUUUGUGACUAAAACAAGUUCAUAUUUUGCACCUGAUGCAGAAGUGGACUUUUUAUUCAAGAGAUACAAGCAAUUGAAUGUGAUAUCUUAAAUUUCUACUUCAGUACAGAUGAACCUGUUUAUCCUUGAAGUGGCCACAAGUCAAUGAAGAGAUUGAACAUAAUCGAUGCCUAAUAUAAGUAAAGCUGUGCUUAUUUUAAGAUAGCUGUCCGAUCAUGAGUGCACAUGGAAGUCAUAUAGAAGUCCUUUAACACUCGGCUGCAGUUGGCCCACUUUGGUUCUUUUAUCACUUUGACAGAUUCACUUUGACUAUGACCCAAAAGUUCAAAUGAAUGUUUUUCUUUGACCCUGUUGCCACUUUUUACAGGUCAGUUAAUUCAUUUAUGCAUCUGAACUUUUUCCGCGUCUAAAGCAAUAUGCACUACAACCAAAUCUACUCUUGAACCUACUGAAUGCUAAAGGCUGUACAGUGACACGUAUCUCCUCUAAAAUGUGCAUUUUUGUACGGACACGGUGCAGUGCUGAAUGUAUAACUUCAUGGUGCUCACUGCAACCAAAACCUCCUCUUCAGCUUUAACACUCCAAAAAACCACAGUGAAAAUACAACUGGCCCUUUGCUGUUAAAUCACCAUAACCUCAUGCUGGAUUAUCCACCAACUCUGUACUCUCCUCAUUUAUCUACUCAGUUCAUAAUCUGCAGAACAACGUAUGUGCUUGUUUGUCAGACAUUCAUGAACCUCUGAUCAUCAACAACAUCUCAAUAUUUGCAGUCAUAUCCUUUCUCUAUUUUCUUGUAAGCUACACAGAACAGUCUUGUUUGCUGCAUCUCAAAAACUCAGUGUAAUAUUACACAAAGUACUAGUGUUUUGUCAGUGGCAUGGACACAAUUCCAGUUUGAAACUGUCUUUCACUCAGUAAUGCACUUCAGGUGCAUAAUUUAAUGGGGAGUUCUGCUGAGUGUUUAUUCCGCUGUCUUGAAAUUUCCAAUUUUAACUGAUUUUGGAGUCAUUACCUUUUGAUAUUCAAGGAAAUGACAAUAAGCUAACAUUUCUAAGAGGGUUGAAAGAAAAAAAAAUGGAGACAUACAUCUAAAACUCUAGUUAGUGGCUGGAAUGUGAUUGUCCUUAAAAAUGUCUUUCAACAGUCUCAGGCAAUGCUUUUCAAAGAAGUCAUAGGAGUGUCUCUGCUUGAGGGACGAUACAGGCAAAAGAAAUUCUUUAUGCAGACAUUCAGAUAAAUAGCUACAUUAGAGAAUAAAUCCAUACCUCUGCAGUGCUCCCCUUUAACAACACUGUGCCUAGACUUCCCUAAGAGCUUCAGUUUUAUUACAUCCUGACCUCGUCCUCAUCAGAUACUACUUGAUAGUCUGCUGCAGUGUUCUUUGUCUAUGCAGCAGCAAAUUCUGAAAGGUCUUUCUAUGCAAGUCUUGGGUUUCUGCCGUUCCUUCUAUUUAAAAAAAAAAAAAAAAAAAAAAAAAAAAAAGUAAUUUUUUUUCUCAGAAACCAAUUGUGUCCUCCUGUCAAACCCUGAUCUGAUCAGUAGAUAGGUGAUAAAGUUGUCGUCUUGCUUAGUGAUGUUUAGUCAUAAAUGUCCUCAGAUAUUCUGUGAAGUUCAAUUUAUCUCUCAGCACCUUUUGUUCUCCCACUCAUCCUCCUUAUUACAUUAUUGUCUUUGUAUUUUUGUCUUUUUGUUUCAGCUUUCCCUCCAGCUCGGUCUCUUCCAUUCUUCUUCUAUACGUUGUUAAAACGUAAUGGUUCAGUUUGUCACAAAAAGGCUUUUACACUGUCAGCAUGUGCACUAGACGUUGACAUUUAGUCAUUUGGAUUGUACCGUUGUACUUUUGUGAGUUUUGUUCUUUUUCAUUUAACUAAGUGUCAAAAAGGUUCUUCACCUGUUUUUACUCUGUUGCCUUUUUGCAAACAAGUUUGUGCCAACGCUGUAGUUUUCAUUACAUAGUUUUCCUGAAGAGAUUAUUUUAAGUUGACUUUUGUAAUGUAUGCGUUUAUCCAAAUGUGGCUUAGGUGUAUGUGAAUAGAGUCAUUACAGUACAGUAUACACAGUGGCGCUGUUUACUUGCGAUGUUUGGAUAAUUUAAUAAACUACACCUUUGUUGAGA